AUGAGUGACAGGAUCCCCUCAGAUGUGGAGAAACUCAAACGAGUGCUCCGCAUUUUAGGAGACUUGCCCGAAUGGGAAACACCCUUUGGAGAAGCCCUGGAGAGUGAGACUCCAGAGGGAGGAUCGAGUUACCAGGCAUCAGCUGCUGGUGGAAACGAGGAGCCUAUGGAAUUGAAUGGUGUGGAAUCGAAUCGACCGGCAGGAGUUUCGGUCAUUGUGAAAGAGGGAAUGGAACAUGUAGCAGAACAUAAGUUUCUGUACAAGAGACUAGACGAAAAAGCAAAGUUUAGACCCGUAGAGUUUGAAAAUCUCGAGGACUUGAUGGGGAUUUUCAAACAGGUCAUGAUGAAACAGGAUGGAGAUACGGUUGAGAUAUCGGAAGGUGGAAAUGACAAUGCGACAUUUUACACCGCAUUUUGUGUCUUGGUUUUGCUGAAGAUCGAGCAGACACAUGCUGAAAUGAAGAACUCGAGAGAACCCAAAUUGGAGGACAACAAGAUAAGCAAAACGUGCUUAGAAUACCUUCUAUUGGCAUUCAACAAAAAGCUGUCAAAAUUGGGAGAAAAAGUUGCAUCAUCUAAACUGGACCUCAUGCGGUCAGAUUUGAUGCUUCUGCUAUUCGAAAUGACCACUGGAGAAUCGAAUCUGGAAUCUGUUCCUGUAGUUCCAGACGCCUGGGAAGACUUGUUCCAUGCUUCUCAAACAGACAACGAGGACUGCAAUCUUAUUAAAUCACUGGAGCAAACUGGAUCUAUCGAAGUUUUGACUGAUGAAACAAGACGAACAUUAAAGCAUCGCCUGAACGACAUUCUGAAACAAAAGCCAUAUAGUCCAAACGUUGGAGUGAAAGUGGAUGAGCAUAAAGUUCCGAUCAAAUUGAAGGAGUUUUUCGAGUCGGUUCUUAGAAGUCAAUGCGUACCGACUGAAUUGGUUGAGCGAUGCAAAGAAUUAGAUCACUUGAAAAAGAUUGAAUCCAAAUCUGGGAAAAAUGCUCAAAAUGUGAAUUCAGUCACAGAAAAUUUACCGAGAUCAAAAAUAUCAUUCCGAGAGAAAAUCCAGAAAGAAUACAUAAAAACUAAAUCAGAACAAAAUAUCGAACUGGCCCUGGAAAACGAUAAAACUGCUUUAUACUACAAGCGAAAUUUUGAGUUCUUUGCGGGAAAUAAGUUUCUCGAAGUGUUGAUUUCAGUUUGCGAAAAGCGAACUUCGCUUGUGAAGCUGAAACUAAACUAUGCGAAUUUGAAACCUUCAGAGUCGAAAGGAAUCUUGGACAGUCUUUCUUUCGACAAUUGCAAAAAUAUCCAUAAUUCAGACGUGUUCUACCAAAUUGUAGACGAAUUGAAGUUUGUCAAUGCGGCGCUGGUAACAGCUUCAAAAUAUGAAUUUUUGACCUUCAAACAAGGCGAAAGCUUACUGAAGCUCUCGACUGAAUACAUGGCAGCAUGUUUGGUCGUGGUUCUCUCACUUGCGAUAUCGAGUACAGCGGCACCUAAACGAGAAAGUUUCAGAGGGGACGAGGAAAACUUGGCGAUUGUGAGAGAGAUCGUUCCAUAUAUGGAUAAGCUCAUAAAGCUGUGUGGAGAAAUUUUCAGCGAUAUUUUAGGCCAUCUUGGUAAGAAAUUCGAAGCGAUUACAGCGUGGUUGAUGAUCAGUUUUCUUCAUGGACUGUCGAAGAGUCAGUACUCUGUGUCGAUGGACAGACAGAACUCGGGCAAGAAUGUGGCCUCGACCUCCAAGAGAAGUUUCUCAAGGAGCUAUAGUUUCAGAGCUGGAACCAGUUCCGGAGUCCUGACCAACGCCAUUCUAGCUGUAGUUAAACAUGCGUUCACAAUAAUACCUAAUGUGGUGAAAUCAUCGCACGCCUAUAUGGACGGAGACAGAGUAGUUCCACAUGAUGAUGCCCCAGGAUCAUGCACGCUCUACAUAAGUGCACUCUUUUCUCAGAUCAACCUGACAUCGAUAAUGUUUUGGCUGCUGAAAGUUCUGUUCAAACGGGCAGUUGCCUUGACACCAGCACCAACGCUGGUGACAGCCUCAGACUCCGUAUUAAAAAACGAAUCGAGCAAUCCAGUUUUCGUUUCUGUAAACAACAACACCGGCAACAGUUCAGAAACGACAUCAGAAGCAACACUUAUUGCGACGUCGUCGAAUGACCAACGCGCCGACCGAGCUCUAGCUGAGUUCAGCAGGUUGGCAGCUCUGGCUCAGAUGAAUGAGUUUGGAUUUGGUGCCGCGGGAAGUAGUGCGGCGGAGACACCCGGGGCUACUACUAUGACGAUGGAGGCGGACUGGACGCAAUCGGAUUCUUUGGUGCAGGCGGCGCCAAGUGCAGAGGUAGCGACAGGCGCGGUGGAAGAACCACCCGAUAAUAAUACUUACAGAAACCUGCCUGGCGACUCUGAGACAGAGGACAACAGUUCCACCACAGGGGGAGGAAACAGUCUGUUCGGAGAGGACAUGAUGGUCAUAGAUGAGACGGAAGGAGAGGAUGAUGAAGAAGACGAAGAUGAAGACGACGAAGAUGAUGAUGAUGAUGAGGAAGAUGAAGAGUAUUAUGAUGAGCAACAGGCUCAGGCAGAGCUGGAAGCGGCUCAUGGUCACGAGACAUUUGAAUGGACCGAAGAAGAUGAAGACGAAGACGACGAUCAGGACGAUUUCGAUGACGAUGAUGACAUCACAGAGAGUCAGACAGUGGUGGUAGAUGACCUCUCUGAACUGUCCAUGGUGGUGGACAUGCAACCGGGUGACCUGGCAGUAGUUCUGCCUCCAGAUGUGUCUGUAGUGGCGGAGAGCACUGCGAAUAAUAUACGAGCAGGUGGAGCCAAUGGAAACAGCAGUACAUCUGCUAACCAAGGUGAUCAACGAGCGAAUGACUUGAACGGUCAGGCAGACGUGGAGCUAGCUCGUGAGGAUAACUGCGAUUUACUGAGUAGUGCGAGUAAAGACGCCGGGGAUGAGGCGGUGCUUGGCUUACUAUUUCAAGAGGACGAAGAGGCAGGAAACGACGGAAAGGCAAAUGAGCCAGCUCGGAACCCAGACGACCCCAAGUGCGUAAUCUACCUGGACGCCUGUCAGCUGAUUCUGGACUUGAUUCUUGAUAACGGAUUCGAACCCAGAAGUGUCAUAGCCUCAAACAUGGCAAAAUACAUGGGUCAACAACAGUGCUCGACUAUUGCGCAGCUAAUGAAAGAAUUAUCGGCUCCUUUGUUUGAUCUUUCGUGGAAAAUGGAAUAUUUGAAAUCUUCAUUGACUCAGCUGGCAGUCAGCAUUCUGUCGCAUAAAUUCUGCACAAGCAAUGAGUCACAAAGAUUGUUUUUCAAAGACUUGGGACUUGACUGGACUUCAAAAGAAAGCAACUGGCCGCUGAAUUUACCUACCACGAAUUUGACUCUAUUAGCAAUCGUUCUUCAAGAAGACAAUUCGAGUACGUCAAACGUUGCUUGUAAGUUUUGGAAAAAAGUUUUGGAUUCUCUGCAAGACAAAAUAGUGAAUGAAAAUACGAAAACACCAGAUCACGCGACUCAAGAUGAUUUGAACGCAUACCAAUUUCAACUGCUUCAGCUUGUUUUUGCCUCUCUGUCGAAUGAGAGCCAAACAGAUAUCAUGACCCAUUUUGUGAAAGUAUUUAUAAAAUGCAGCGACGUUGUCCAGACGAAGCAAAAUUGCAUCUUCUUUGCACGGCUUGUUCUAAUCGCUGAUUUUCUAAUAAGCCACUUUAACAUCGUUCCGGCAAGUUUGGAAUGUCAAAUAGAGAAUAAUUUAUUCAAAAGUUUGGACAGAAGUAUUACCAGUAGAAUUCCUGAAAUAGCUAUUUCAACUUUCGCUGAUCUGGGAACAAUGAGUACCUGGCAGGCACAGAGGGAGCCAGCUGAAAAUGACUCAGACUCUUUGAAGUUUCGAGACAUCCAGAGUCGAUUCUACGACAUAAGCCAGACAACGACCGGAGAGAAACAUCUUUCUCGAGUGCCCAGGGCUAACAAGGAAGGGAUCAACUGUUUGCUGAAAGUGUGCAAAAAUAUUCGGGGAGGGUACAAUGCGUUUUACGAAAGUGUGACAAAACUGUUGCGGUUUCCUGAGUUCUCGAAGAAUGACCUCUUCAUGGAACUGCUAACGUUUAAUUAUGCUCAGACUUUGCUGACUCGAUUUCUAUCGAUUUUACCCCCUUCGCCAAAAUUUGUGGAAAAUCUGUCACUGUCGCCAGAAUUGAAAGAGAAAGAAGAUCUAAUGAUCUUCGUGCUGGACGUGAUGUGGUCUUGCCGCCUGCCCAGUGAUUUUUACAGCGAUUACGUCAAGGAAAUGCUAGAAAAAGUAGACCCGCAUUCGUUAGAAGUUUACACGAUGCUCACCGAUAAAAAUAAACCAUUCUUCAGAAUGGCAGAAAUUUUGGACCUUUGUCAUCAAGACUUGGAAAAGUCUAUAAACACGCAGAGAGCAGAUACACAGGACUUUGUGCCUUCUGAUCGGGUGCUGCUAAUAAUCGACGCCAUCUCUUCUCGAUUUUUAACGGCGCUUCAAAUUGCAAGCAAAGAAGAAGGCUUUGACACUUUCGUGGUGGAGUCCGCGUUGCAUCUAGUUCAGAAUCUUCUAGAAGAUUUUCAGAUUAUUUGCCGAAAUUUCAUGAUCACUGAAAUUGGUCGAUUUUACAAUUGGAAUGUAAAUGAAUGUGUGAGAGAAUAUCUACACAUUAUGCUGCAGUUCAAUUUCGACUCGCAAGAAUUUCAGAGUAUAACUAGAAACUCGGAAUUGAAUGUUUUUGGCGAAUGCUCUCUGGAAACUAUUGAUUCAAAUUGCAGUAUUGAUUUGACCAGGCAUAUUGCCGAUUGGACCAGCAGGAGCAAAUGUUUGGAGCCCUUCCCAGACAUUGACGCAUGGCGAGAGAAUGAGUCAUACAACUCCCAUGCAAUUGCUUCGGAAGCCUACGCAAGUCACGUCAUGAUGACUCAUCUUCGAGCCUCCCUUUCGGAAGGCUAUGCAAAACGUACCAUAGGUUGUUUGCAGCACACAUAUCUGACGUUGGCCAAACUGUUCUGCACAAUGAAAAGUUUGGCGUCCAGUGCUUUUAUGGAGAGAAAUCUUAGCCACACGUUAGGACCACUGAGUGUAAGACUUUUGGCUCAACAAAUGUGUUUCUUCAAAAAUCUAGUUUUGGCUUCAUUGGAAGAAAGUGCUGAGAAAGUGUUCAAAAAGCCAUGUGCUGAUUCGCCAAUUCAAGAGUUCGCGACUUUAUUUGUUCUAGAGAAUGUGUACAAAAUGACUUUCCUAAUUGAUCCAGGAUUCAACAAGUACACGGCUUCCGAUACCGUAUUCCAAAUUUGCAUCCAGGCGUUGCAGAGACUUUUGCUCGUAUCGGAUUCUUCAGUAGUGAAAGUUCUGACUGAAAAUCUAUCUGAAAAAGACCGUAACCUGAAACGCAUAAUGGGGCUUUGUGCAAAUCCACGACUCACCGUCAAUAAAUUGAAAGACUUGUUCAGGCUUGUGAAAAUUGUGCUGCGAGAAAUCGGGCAGAAUAAAGAGGAUAACAGUUUGCAGAUUUUGUUAAAGAACUGUCAGUUCGACUUCGAAGACCUGAGGCCAGUUCUCGAAACAAUUUUCCCAAAGCACCCGGUCUCUGAAAAAAAUGUUCCAGCUGUGUUCAUAAGUAACGAAUUUUUCACUCAAAUUAUAAACAUUUCGAAGGAAUUUGCGAGCGACCGGUUUGCGUACUUCUCGAAAAAUGUGGCCGGAAAAACUCUAAAUUAUUUAAUAGAAGUUGCGCACGAACUAGUUGGAAACCAUGACUACUGUAAAUACUUUGAUAAAUUGAUGACGAUAAUGCUCGUAUUAGCGACAUAUGAGCAAGGUGCUGGACAUCUUAAGCUGUUUAAAGCAAGUGUAGAUCUAUUGCCGAAGCUAAUCGAAUUAGUAGUCACAAAUAGCCCGGAACAAGAAAACGACAGCAACAAGAGUUCAAAAUCGAGCCUGAUUGCAUAUAAUUGCUUAGUUGGUUAUAUUUGCGAAGUAAUGCAAGCUCUCAAAACUGAAACGUCUUUGGAUUCGGACAGCGAAGAAAUGUCGAAGACACUCUCCAAGAAAUCAUUCGCUAGUGGUUCCUUGGAGUGUGAAAGUAGCGAUGUCACGCCGACCAUCGAAGAGCAAAGUAUAGAGGUUGCUGAGCGUGCAUCGGCGUGCGAAAGUGUACAAUCUGGGUCCGCGCACAAACUGUGCACGUUCACGGUUACCCAGAAGGAGUUCAUGAACCAACACUGGUACCAUUGCUAUACAUGCUCUAUGCAUGAUUCCGUUGGCGUUUGUUCUGUAUGUGCUAAGUUGUGUCACAAAGAUCACGAUGUUACCUAUGCCAAGUUUGGAAGUUUCUACUGUGAUUGUGGGGCGCAGGGCGAAACGCGCUGUAAAGCUUUGACAUCAACUUCAAUUGACAGAUUUCUGACCGAACAGCAAUCGAGUGUCUCGUCCAAACGCGAAACAACGUUAACUGAAAUUCAGAAACGAGGAGAUAAGUUGGUGUCUUUGAUCAAAAAGAGACAAAAGCAGAACACAGAAGGAGUAAAACAUGGCAAAGGAGCUGCUUAUUUUGUAGAACAAGAAAUAGGAUUCAAAGUAGAACAUUUUAUUGAUGCGAACAAAACGGAGUUGAUGAAAAUCGUGAAUGAUUCGAAGAUUUUAGAUUCGAUUGAGAUGUUAAAUAACCUGAAAGAUAAAAUUGAUGCCCACCUUGAAAACACUUCCCCUUCAAAUGCGUCCAACCGGCUGGUUAAAUCGUUCCACAUAUUACACGGAAUGGCUUCCAAAAAAAUCAGCACUGUUCCGAAUUUGGUCAGCCAACUGGCAAGUACUGGUGAAACUUCCUUUGAAAAUGUUAAGAUGUCCUUUUCAGGAGAACAAGGGGCCACAAUGAGGCAAUUGAUUACUGCUCAUAUGGUUCGAAGAAACGCUCUGUGUCUAAUGCCAGCUCUGUCCAAUAACCCUUCGGGUACUAACCAAGUUAUGAUAGUUGCCCACGACAAAGGACUACUGACUUGUGUGGAUAUAACCGCCUUGAACAAACAAAUUGAACCAAAUAAAGACGCUCCUGGUUCAGAAACAGUCAAAAAGAUCAACGUCGAUCGUCUGGCCUAUAACACUGUUCCGAUAACUGUUUUAAGCGUUGUCAGCAACAACUUGAACCCGGGUUGUCUGGCAGUUGCGGGAAUCAAGGACUGUCACGUCAUCACAAUGACGCAAGAUUACGUAAUCUCCAAUCAGAUCAAUAUAAGCCUGGCAUUAGACUCCGGAAACUUCAUCAUUAAAACUCUUUGGAUCCCGGGAUCCCAAACUGAACUGGCGGUUGUAACAGCUGAUUUUGUCAGAAUUUAUAACUUGGCGGUUGAUCUUAAUAAACCGAUUUAUUAUUACCAUUUACUGAGUGGAAAGUUACGUGAUGUAGCCUUUUUAAUCGAUACUGCAAAGUCUGCUGUUCACGCUUUCAUAAUGAGCUCGCAAGGUUUUAUCUACACCCAGAUGCUAGACGAGCAAAGUAAAGCCGACGAUAGCGGAGGACCUUUCUAUGUCACAAACACGAUUGUCAUCGAAAGCAAUGAGCUAAAAAUGACUAACGGGCAGUUUGGUUCGGGUGGAACAUCAGUGUUUUACUCACAUGCAAUGCAAAUGUUGUUCACAAGUUACAGUAACUCGAAAUCUUUUGCAUGUUCUUUGAAGAAACUUGAAGAGUUGCCGACAAGCACUGUCCUGAAUAAGCUACAAGUCAUUACUAAUACCAGCUCACUAUGCCAAUGGAAAGAACCGGAAGACCAUCCAGGCUUGAUAUUGGCCACCGAUCAAAACUCAGGAAAUGUUGCAGUAAUUUUCAUGUGCCCGGAUACUUUCUAUAUCCAAGAGAUAACUGUAACGCCAGCAAGAUCAAAAUCAAUUGAUUCAGUUGCUUUUGUGCCGAUGCAAGUUUGUUCAUCGGCUGCCGAGAAUGUGAAGUCGACUAAGAUCAUUAUAUUAUCGGAUGACGGAAGUUUGAAGAUAUUUGCGGCGAACUCAAAUUUGACUCACUUUUGGCUGUCACCAUCUUUCAGUGCUUCAAAUAACGAAAUCGGUACUUGGAUAAACGAGCGUAAGAAGUUCAAAGCCACGAACUUGAAAACGAGAAUGCAGACAAAUCCGAUAAGUAGUGUUGGAAUCAUCGAAGGAGCUUCAAGUUCGAAUGAGCAUCAGUUUCCAAUUGACUACUUCGAAAAUUGUCAAGUGUUAGAAGACGUUGAGUUCGGAGGCAACGAUUACUUACAAGUUUACAAUCGAAAGCAAAUGAAAAACAGACUGAAACAUGCGAGGCAGUUUCUCGCAGCGACUAAAUCUAGUCCGAUCACGAUGGAAAUUACAAACGAGAAUUCGGCGCUUGUCAUUGCGGGUAUUCGAGUUGAAGUGGGCGGCAACCAAAUCGGCAAUGCGGACUGGACUCCGAGGUACUUCGAGAUUUUCGGACGUUCGGUUUUUGUAGAACCGACUAGCUCCUCGAGAUGGGUGGACCUUCCAUUCACUAAUGAGGAAUGUCUAUUGUCUGAAAGAUCGGUGAACUUGACAAUCGGUAACUCGCGUGACACGUCAUCGGGAAUUACAAUCGUAAACUCAGUGAAAGUCUACGGCAAAGCGAAAAAUUCAUUCUCUACGACUACAAGCGACCCAAAGACGAAAGCGAGUGGAACUGAAGAGCCUAAAAAGAACUGUGAAAACGAUACUGUAUCUACAGUUUUUGGCUUAAGACAACUACAUCAACCUUCUAAAUCAUCUAUCGCCCAAAUGACAGGGUUAUCGGCCGAGUCUGAUUUUGAUGCGUUGUUGUCAAACUCUUUGGAGAUGCUCGCCAUCUAUUUCACCCUAACGAACGUGGAGUCUAAAUCAAGGCCGGCAAAAGAAGGUAAAGAGCUGGCAAGGAUUCUAGCGACAAGUCCUUUAUCGUAUAAUGUCUACUCGCAAAACAAAGGCUUGUUGUAUUCGAUUUGCCAGUCAAAGGAAAGACUACACGCAGAACUUGAUGAGAUUAACUUGAACUGUGUCGCAAGAGCGUUUGAUUCUUCGAGUGAGCAAACAGUUCAACCUGAAGCUUUUGACCAACAUUUGGAUACAAUCAGAAAUAUCGCCCAAAACCGACCGAGAAAUCUGGUCAAGUUCUCGAACUUCUUAACAAAAGUACUGGUAACGAAUGAUAGCAAUGCAGAAAGCACGACAACGGGAGAACGAGUUUCAACUUUGGUCGAAGACAUAAUGACAAUUUUCUGGUCGGUCGUCGAAGACAGAUGCAACGUGAAACACUUGGUUUCUUUGAUCAACCAAACGAAAGUCAAGAACGAUAAAUUGGUCACUUCGGUCGUUGAAGUUUUGUUCGCUUAUGCCGUUCAAGACAACGAGUUCAUGCCCCAAAUGAUGACUCACUUGGUCAGUCUUCUGCUCUAUCACGACCCAGAAAUAAGUUCAGUUGCAAAAUCAGUUCUGAUCAAGCUGGCAAGAACUUCGAAAGUGACAACCAAAACAUCUUCGCUUCUGAAAACACCGGCGAACGCUCCAGAUAAAACUCGCCAGCAACUGAGCAUAAACGUGGACCAACAAGUACCAGUGCCAAAUGUAAAUGAAUCGAUAUUAACUGAGAUGAACGAAUCAAAUAUUUCGAAUAAUUUUCAAAAUCAAGAAGAGCAGGUGAGUGAAAUGCAAGUGCAGCAGCCACUGCCAGUUGAUGUACAUCCGCUAGGGAUGCCUGAGAAUUUUGAAAACGCAGAGCAAAUGACCGUGCCUCAAGAUGAGAAUGUACCUCAAAGCGCUUUAGAUGCUCUAUUGAAUGCAGCGCCAUUGCUAGAAAUACCAGCAGAUGCUGAUGAUGAAGCAAUGAUGGAACUAGCCAUUGCGUUAAGUUUGCAAGAGCAGCCAGGUGGAUCCGGGAACCAACAGAAUCCUCAAGCCAUGUUCCAUGGAGGACAGGAGCCGGGGGAUAUUGCAAUGGAAGACCCUGAACCAACCGUCGCUAUGAUUGGAACCCCGCCUCCCGAAAUGGCGCCAAACGUGGCAGUUGAGCCUCACGUGGAGUUUGUAGAGACACCCGAUGUUUCUAACUUACAAGGCGAUAGUACUGAUGAUACUGCCUCAGUUGGAGAGCCCGAUGACUUCGACGAAGAAGAGAGUAUUGCUGCGACAGAUGGCAGUGCGUUGCCUGGAGAGAGUUUGCCGGCAACAAUGGGAUCUGGCGCUGCCUCAGAUGACGGAAACAGCUUAGCCGGAGAGUCAAUCCAAACAACGACUUCGGCUUCAUCAAGUGCAUACGGAGGCGAAGAAGGGAGCUAUGCAGCGUCCAGGAGCUUGGUGGUAACUCCAAAGACACUGAACGUUACUGGAUCUAGUGCAUCAAUUGGAGGGAGCGCUGAAACUGGUCUGAACUCAAGCUUCCUGAUCGAAGAUUCAGAAACCUCGAAGUUGGCCGACUCAAGAGUGGAAAUGUUGAAGUUGAUGAUGACGUACUUCCCUCAAGUUUGCAACGUUGGUGGAAUCAGAGCUAUUCCUUUCCUCCAAGUUUUCCUUUCUUUGAGUUUGGAGGUAGAAGAUGAGAAACUGAUAGCUGAGAUUUUAGACCACAUUUUGGCACAGUUGAAACUAAAGCCUGAUCAAAAUUUAUUUUCAAGGACAUUCAGCAAAGAGGUGCAAGUUCUGUUGUUGAGAUUGCUAAGUAUGUACAUGCAGAAAAGCAAAUCGGAGGAAGUAUCAGUGCUUUCUAAGAUGGCAGCACAAUGUCUAUAUGAGAAUGGAGUGGUAAGUUACUGCAAAGAAGUAGUAAUUGAGAUGCUCUCAUAUUGGCAAAACUCUUUUAACCCCGUUGAAGCCAAAGAGUCUUCUAAAUUGCUGAAAACACAGUCGGUCAGAAGUGCUCCUGACUUGCAUCCUUUCUUCUUGACCAAUUACGUCAUGGAGCACCGAGCCGACGUUUUUGAAGCCUACCAUCAACUGGUGACUGAGGUCAGUCUGCGAAUCCCAUACCAGGUGUACAGAAUUCUUGACACAUCAAUUCAACCGGAACUGGAAAGUAUCAAAUCCCAGUGGCUAAACACGCUAUCCCAAUACAUGAUUCUGCCAUCACAAUAUGUUAGACAUCAAGUAAGAAAGCUUCUCCAAUUUGUAUGCGGGACCAAAGAGCUCUAUCGUCUGCAGAGAGAUCUCUACGUCUUCAAGCACCAUUUUGAAGCCAUUAAAACAGUGUUAUUCGCAAGUUGCAAAACUUACUUUGCGGAUGAAGAUGACCAGGAAGAUUAUGAGAACAGUAACGGAACAGUUGCGUCUCUUAUGAUGACGGAAUCAAAUAACGACCAGGAAGACAAAUUCGUUUUCCCAGAAUCCUUGAAUUCGUUGAACUAUCCGGUUCUGAUAACAAUCGUUGAACAUCUGAAACAGGUCUCAGAAGCAGCCGCGAGCCGCUGUUACAGUUGGUUCAAGUUCUGCGAAACUAAGCCAAGUGUAAUACUGUUUCUGAUGAAAUUGACACCACUAGCCGAUGAUGCUAUUCGGCAGUAUGUGAUCGAGCUGAUAACCCUCGCGAGUUGCGGCGCAAAAACAACACAGAGUAUCAAGUCUAAGUCAGGAGUGGUCGAAAAGCCGGCGAAGAAAAUAACCUCGACAAAUUCAGCGUCGGCCAACCAGAAUAAAGACAAAGCUGUCGACGAAGACGCAGGGGUAAGCUCUCCAGAAUGCAACGAGAAAACGAGCACCGAGUUUGUGGACGAACUGGUGUCUAAUCACGUGUCGGAUUCGGAAUGGAAAUCAUUCAUGAAAAUUUUCUUCCUAGAAACCAACUCGGUUCCUCUGCGAUGGCAGUUGCACAGUCUGCUAUGUGUGUUUUGGAAUCAAGUGUCAGACCAGAGUCGAUCAAAACUUGUGGAUAUAAUGUGGGAUCUGUAUGAUGAAACGCCAGUUUUUGGCAAACGAGCAUCUCAGCUAGUUGAUGUUCUUGGAUUUCUGACUCUCUCGGGAAAAAUUCCGGUGGAUCGAAUCAAAAAAUACGCAUCUAAACUAGUCGUCAUGAUGAAGACUCAAAACGAACUGCUGAAGCAACAUCCCAAUUUUGAACUGUACGAAAAGUUACUGAAAUUGGUCGAGUUUGACGGAUUUUACCUUGAAAGUGAUGCGUGCUUGGUUUGUCAUGCAAAAGAAACGACUUCUAGUCUGAUUAAACUGAGCUCAAUUAAAGCAGAUUCGAGGUUCACAACCACGACUCAAAUUAUCAAAUUGAUUUCGCCGCACCAGAUUAGUAGCAUAAUUUGUAGAAUCAGUGAUAUUAAUAAUAGCAAGAUGGUAAAGUCGAUGGCUAUUUACUACAACAAAAGGACGGUAGCUUCAGUGGUCGAGCUGAAGAACAAUCCGCAAGUGUGGCACAGGGCAAAGAAAGUGCAACUUGAAGCAGGUCAGAGUGAGGUGAAGAUAGAGUUGGGGCUGCCUGUGGUGGCCACCAACAUCAUGAUGGAGGUGUGUGAGUUGUAUGAGAAUGCACACGCUCACUCAGAACAACUCCAGUGUCCCAGAUGCAGCAGCACUGUCAUGGCCAACCCAGGGAUUUGUGGAAACUGUGGGGAAAACGUGUUCCAAUGUCACAAGUGUCGACAAAUUAACUACGACGAAAAAGAUCCAUUCCUCUGCAGCUCGUGUGGAUUCUGCAAGUACGCCAAGUUUGAUUUCACCCUAAACGCAAAGGCCUGUCUUUCCGCCAUCGACCCCAUAGAAAAUCAGGACGACCGCAAAAAAGCGAUUGCCAAUCUUAAUACGUUGCUCGAGAAUGCAGACAAUUUGACCAGGUCUAUUCAAACACAGCGACCUGCUUUCGAGGACUUAUUGCACAGAUUGAAUGACAGGGAUUCGAACCCGGAGGCUUUGAAGUCCUUUGAUUCAAUGACAGCUGUGCACGGGUCCAAUGCAACGACGCCAACAGGCUUAGCACAUACGUCUAACACAUUCGUUCACCGAGAAAUCCAAGCCAUCGCCAAGAAGUAUUACGUCAGCAAAAUGUCCUUUGACGAGUUAAGCGUAACAGCUGAAAAGAUCAUUGCAACCCGUGCUGAAUUAUUUGAUUUCGAUCAACGGAAUAACUUGAUCACGGUGUAUUCAGACGCUUUUUCAUCGGGAAAAAGCCAGUCUUGUUCAGCUGAAGAUGAAAUCUCAUCUGCUCUGAAUUUGAACAAAAAGUGCUUUGGAUGUUUGGUUCACUCGUCGAUUCACUGUAUUUAUCUUCUUAGAGCAUUCGUGUCGAGAAAUGACAUCAAGCAUGAAAUUGGAGAGCAAAUUCUGGAAACUCAUUUAGUGGGGUCGAAUUUGAGGAAAGUAUGCGACCGUGUCCAAGGUCUUGUCAAUGGACUUAUUUCGCAGGUGUGUCGUAAUGAUGAAAAGCUCACGAUAACUUUCUGUAAAGCUCUGCUGAAAAAUAUUUCUACAUUGACUACACAAAACACGAGUAGUUUAGUGGGAAGCUCAGAACUCGUAGCAUCUAAGGCGCUCUAUGAUCAGGUGGCUCUCUUGACUGGGAAUAUCAACAUAAGUAAAGAUACAUGCUGGAUGAUAAAAUUGAGAGCAGUUUCGCAGUUACUACUGAAGUCAGUUAAAUCUGAAAACAAAGCCGUGAUUAGUGAAGUUGUUUUGCCAUGUAUGAAAGCAUACCACACUUUAAUACAGAAAACGUCUAAGAAACAAUCGGAAACGUCAAGCAAGAAAGCAGCCGAAGUUAAUCAUGGAGUGAAUGUAAACGUCGGGCAGUUUCUAAAAGGUGAAAACUCUUUCGAAGCUUGGAAAAAGGAUAAAAUUGCUGCAGUCCAGAAGGUCCCAGGAAACCUAAGUGAAAUGGCUGUCAAGCUAGAUGGAAAUUCGUGGAUCAAAGCAACCUUGUUCCACCCAUCCUCGAAGGCAGUGCGGUCGGUGUCCUGUAAUAUUUUGGAGACAUUGGCGUCUCAAAGUGAAGCGAGAUGUGAGGCAAUUCUGGUGUUGCUGUUUGCUUACAUUGACGAGAGUAGCUGUGUGAGUUUUGGUCAAGAUUUGACCGAAGUGAUGGCGCUGGUGCAGAAAUUGACAAGCAAAGAUGAAAGAAAGGUGGUUCUUUCUAAUCAAGGUAUUCCAAAACGCAUAGCAGAACUGAUUUUGUGCGAGAUCGAACAAUUCGGCGAGAAGGAGAGAGAGAUUGCCGAGAACAUCAGAGGAGUGUCCGCCUCGUGGAGUCAUGACCUGCGACAAGGUGUUCGACUGAGAUGUCUGACGGAGCUGCUGAGUGGACUGCUGGAUGUGAGUGAGAUUCUGAACUCGUGGAAGGCACAACUGAUCCAGCCGAUAUUGCAUGGAUACUUGGCCAUUAAGAAGUUGGUCACUCAGAGGACAAAGGCUAUCGAUGAAGCGCAGGAAGUGUUGUUGGAGAUGCUGGAUUUGAUGACUACAGGAAACUCGGACGAGACGAAGGAAUUUAUGAAGAUCUGUUUGGUGACGCUUCAACAGUUCCCAGCCGAGGACCAGCUAACACCAAUCUUCGUGUUCGAGAGGCUCUGCAACCUCAUCCACCCCGAGGUGCCAGACCAGACGCCGGACUUCUCUCUCUGCCUGGAGAAGGAUCCCCAGCAGGAGGAUUUCUUGGCGGGCAGGAUGCAGGGAAAUCCUUAUAGCUGCUCAGAGCCAGGAAUGGGUCCCUUGAUGCGAGAUGUGAAGAACAAGAUCUGUAGAGACUGUGAACUAGUAGCAUUGCUGGAAGAUGACAACGGGAUGGAGUUGCUAGUCAAUAACAGGAUCAUCAGUCUCUCACUCCCUGUGGCUGAGGUGUUCCACAAAGUAUGGCUCGCACCCGAGAGGGGAGGUAGUCCGCAGAAUGAAAUGGAACCCAUGCGUGUGGUUUACAGGAUGCGAGGCUUGAUGGGCGAUGCCACCGAGGAGUUCAUUGAGAACCUCAACGCAAGAUCAUCCGGAGAUUCAUCUUCAGGCGCCGAAACAGAAGACGACGAGAAGGAAGAAGAGCUCUACAAACUAGCAUCGGUGCUAGCAGAAUGCAACGGAUUCCAAAUCAUGCUCAAUUCCCUAAACUCAAUAACUGAUGUGUUCGCUUCCAGACAUUUGGUGUAUGUGCUACUGAAAUUAUUCUCGUUCUCGGUAAAAGUCAGAAGUAACAGAGUGGCUCUUGCCAGUGCGGAUUACGAUACUCUAAAUAUAUUUCUACGACUGCUGCAGCUAGUGUUGAAUAUGCCAGAGACAGCGAGUUUGGGAGCGUCAAUUGGACGUGGAGCUUCAUCUUCGAAUAACGAGGCUUGUACUACGAGAAAUGAACUGGUUGAGAAAGUGCUGUUGGUUAUGCAGCCGAUUCUACAAGAGACGCAAAAUUCAAAAUCAGAGUCGGGGACUUCGUUGAAGAUUUCCGGUGGUGAUUUGACACAACUGGAGCAUUUCUUGAGCUGCAUGAACAUCGCCCAUAUACAACAAAACCCACUGUUACUGCAGAAUCUCAUGACAAUUGUGCCCUAUCUCACAUUUGGUGACAAUAUAACAGCCAAGGUCAACUUAUUGGUCGGUUUCUUCAAACCAUACAUCGACUUUGAAAAAUACAACGAAGACAAAAUAUCGAAUGUUGCUAACGCGACCAGAACCGAAAUGUUUGUGGACUGUUUCACAACUAUGGUUGAAAGUGUCCCACCGAGCAAUGAUGGAAACCAGCUGAAAAGUUUCAUCAUCAAAAGCGGAAUUUUGAGCUCGUGUACAAACUACAUUCUGAAUCUGACGCCUGAUAAGGAGUAUGUGAGUGAUCAGAAGGGAUGGAAGGAGUUCUUGGCCAGACCUGCAGUUCCCUACGUGCUGAAGCUGAUGCGGGUGUUAUGUAAGAACCACGAAGAGACCCAAGUGGUGAUAGGAGAGAGUUGUGUCCCUGUUUUGCACAGGCUGGAACGAGUUGCAAGCGAAGAACAAGUAGGAACUUUUGCCGAGAACCUCUUGGAGACGUUAAGUGAAAAUGCCCAGGUGAAGAAAGUGAUAGCAGGAGUGCGCAAACAGACGCGUGAGGAGAAGAAGCGACUGGCGAUGGCCAUGAGGGCAAAACAAUUGGAGACCCUGGGACUAGAAGCCACUGCGGCUGGUCGAAUGGUGAAAACAUCCUCAAACCACACUCCGAAUUUCGACGAUAUUGUUGACGAAACCGGUCCUGUCUGUUGCAUAUGUCGAGAGGGGUACAAGUACCACCCUAGGAGUGUACUGGGCAUCUAUGUGUACGCCAAGAAACAACCGAUCGAACCGUACGAAGUGUAUCUGGCCCCAGGUGGAGGCCAGAGGGGAGGAGCUCCCAUUGGAGGGCCUGGAGGUGGCAGGAUGCCAGCUGUGCUGCCCAAAUCACAGGGAUACACUAUUGUAUCUAACUUCACAACUGUCCAUCUCGACUGUCACAACAACGCAGUCAGAAGCCACAGAGGACGCGAUGAGUGGGACAGUGCGAAGCUGCAGAAUGGAGAUGUGCUGUGCAAUUGCAUCAUGCCAAUGUGGGGAGGCAGCUCCAUCUCAGACACCCAAUUCGCACACUCACUCUCCAAGUACAACACACACCUGCAGGAGUGCACUGGAUUCCGUGAGCCGAACUACCACAGCACUGUGCACGACUGCAAACUCCUGCUAAUCAAGUUCGCUGAGGAGAAGAGCUUCAGCGAGGACUGUGGGGGAGGUGCGAGGGAGAGCAAUGCGAGACUUAUCCCCUUCCACCUGCAGAUAGCACUCUAUGUACUCAACUCAACCAGAAGUGCCACUAGAGAAGAGACACUGCUCAACCAGUUCAUGCAAGAGCCUGCGGAUAAAUGGGUGCGAAAUGCAUACGAGAUAGAGGGAGUCCACUUCUACGCCAUCAUGCAACUGCUGGUGAUGAAACAGGGUUCCUACUGGGACUCGAACAAACUCACCUUCCUCCAGAGACUCAUCACGUGUGCUCACCUCAGACACUUCUUCCCAACCGGCACCCAGUUCCCUGUGGCUGCCAGUGCGACAGCUACGACCGGUGAUGCUCCAGGGGGAAGUGGCCAGACGGAUAAUUAUGACUACAAAGUGUACAAAUCAGCGCUAAUGUUUUUCACUCUGAUUGACAAUCUAGUGAAACUGAUCAAAAAACAGACAAUUGCAUCAACAAACAAGGGCUGGUCGGAGGAUCUGUUUGAAUUCCUGAAGCAGAACAGCAACCAGUUUUUGGAACUGGUGGACAAGCAGUUCGUCUCCCAGUUCGAGGAGGCACUCACAGCCGAGAGCUUCGAGGAAUGGUGCGACAUUGUGGGACUCCUAGGAAAUGUAGGGCCUGAAAACUUAGCCUCGUUCAUUCCGAAGACACUGAAGAAGCUGUCAGCUGCUGAAAGCAUGAACCCACAACCGUGAAACAAACUUGAUCGAACUAACGUAGACUAGAUCGCUGUAAUACUAUACUAACUGAAAAUUUCGAGGGAUAUACUAACUGAAAAUUUCUAGGGAAUAUUACAAAGUUAAAUUGCGACUACUGACUCAUCUAUUAGUGUUGAAAUCAUUUAUGCUAAAUAAUACUGGAUUAGUAAAUAAAUUCGUUCCGUACCGCAGAACUGUUGAAACUACUGAAUUCAAGAUUUGCUUUCAA